GAGCGGAGCGGAGCGGAGGCCGCCGCCGCCGCCGCCGCCGCGCUUCCCGAGGUAGCCGCGCCGCUGGCCGCUGGCAGGUGACGGGUGCGCGGGCUGCGGUCUCCCGGCUCCGGCCCCUCUCCGGCCGCGCGCGUCCCGGCCUCGGGGGCCGCCCAGCCGGACGCCGGUGCCUUUUGUCUGGCGCGGAGCGGGCAUUCGCAUCGCAUUCCGGACACCUCCCUCUCCUUUCGCCUCUCCUCCCUCCGUUCACUCCGCUCCCCACCCGCGCCCCAGCGGACCGCCGGCCUCCUGGACUGAAGCGCGGACGUCUCUACCCGGCGAUGCCUCCGCUCCAGAAAGUUGCAGCCGCGGCCGCCGGGCGGUGAGACAAAGUCUGGCAGGGCCGCCUCCCGGUGCAGGAGCGCAGCGUGCCCAGCGGCCGGAUUCGCUGCGGGGCGAGCCGUCUCCCCGCGGAACCUGAGGCGCCCCGACAUGGCCGAGGGCGCGGCUGACUGGGAGGGUCCCGCGCCGCCCGACGCGGCCGGCGGCGAAGACGACCCCCGGGCGGGCCCGGACGGCGCCCCCGGGGACGGCGGGGCGGUGGCACCCGCGGGCCGGUGGAGGGACCGGCGCAGCGGGGUGGUGCUGCCGGGCGCCGCCGGAGCCCCGGCGGACAGCGAGGCUGGCCUCCUGGAGGCGGCGCGGGCGACCCCCCGGCGCAGCAGCAUCAUCAAGGAUCCUGCGAACCAGAAGGGUGGCGGCCGGAAGAAGACCGUGUCCUUUAGCAGCAUGCCGUCGGAGAAGAAGGUCAGCAGCGCCAGCGACUGCAUCAGCUUCAUGCAGGCCGGCUGCGAGCUCAAGAAGGUGCGGCCCAACUCGCGCAUCUACAACCGCUUCUUCACCCUGGACACCGACCUCCUCGCUCUCCGCUGGGAGCCGUCCAAGAAGGACCCGGAGAAAGCCAAGCUCGACAUUUCAGCCGUCAAAGAGAUCAGGCUGGGCAAGAACACGGAAACAUUCAGGAACAAUGGCCUCGCUGACCAGAUCUGCGAGGACUGUGCCUUUUCCAUUCUCCACGGGGAAAACUACGAGUCUCUGGACCUGGUGGCUCACUCGGCAGACGUGGCAAACAUCUGGGUGUCGGGGUUACGGUACCUGGUUUCUCGAAGCAAGCAGCCCCUCGAUUUCAUGGAGGGCAACCAGAACACGCCCAGGUUCAUGUGGCUGAAAACGGUGUUUGUGGCAGCAGACGUGGAUGGGAAUGGGAUCAUGUUGGAGGACACUGCGGUGGAGUUGAUACAACAACUCAACCCCACCCUGAAGGAAUCCAAGAUCAGGUUAAAGUUCAAGGAAAUCCAGAAGAGCAAGGAGAAGCUCACCACCCGCGUGACGGAGGAGGAGUUUUGCGAGGCUUUCUGUGAACUCUGCACCAGGCCGGAAGUGUAUUUCUUGCUUGUACAGAUCUCUAAGAACAAGGAGUACCUGGACGCCAAUGACCUGAUGCUCUUUUUAGAAGCCGAGCAAGGAGUCACCCAGAUCACUGAGGAUAUGUGCUUGGACAUCAUUCGGAGAUACGAGCUUUCUGAAGAGGGGCGGCAGAAAGGAUUCCUUGCCAUCGACGGCUUUACCCAGUAUUUGUUGUCACCGGAAUGUGACCUUUUUGAUCCGGAGCAAAAAAAGGUUGCCCAGGAUAUGACCCAGCCGUUAUCUCACUACUACAUCAGCGCCUCGCACAACACCUAUCUCAUCGAGGACCAGUUCAGGGGGCCGGCUGACAUUAACGGGUACGUUCGAGCUUUGAAGAUGGGCUGUCGAAGCAUUGAGCUCGAUGUGAGUGAUGGUUCCGACGGUGAACCAGUCCUCUGUAACCGAAAUAACAUGAGCACACACCUGUCCUUCCGAAGUGUCGUAGAGGUGAUCAACAGAUUUGCCUUUGUGGCUUCCGAGUACCCGCUCAUUCUGUGCUUGGGGAACCACUGCUCGCUCCCCCAGCAGAAGGUGAUGGCCCAGCAGAUGAAAAAGGUCUUUGGCGCUAAACUCUAUACUGAAGCACCUUCGCCGUCAGAAGCCUACCUCCCAUCACCCGAAAAAUUAAAAAGGAUGAUCAUCGUGAAAGGAAAGAAACUGCCUUCUGACUCCAAUGCUUCAGAAGGGGAGGUAACAGAUGAAGAUGAAGAAGCCGAAAUAUCGCGAAGGAUGUCGGUAGAUUACAAUGGUGAGCAGAAACACAUCUGGCUGUGCAGGGAGCUCUCUGACUUGGUAUCGAUUUGUCAAUCUGUUCAGUACAGGGAUUUCGAGCUGUCUAUGAGAAGCCAAAACUACUGGGAGAUUUGCUCGUUUAGCGAAUCAGAGGCCAGCCGAAUUGCAAAUGAAUACCCCGAGGAUUUUGUAAAUUACAAUAAGAAGUUCUUAUCCAGAAUCUAUCCAAGUGCCAUGAGGAUUGACUCCAGUAACUUGAACCCACAGGACUUCUGGAAUUGUGGCUGCCAGAUUGUGGCGAUGAAUUUUCAGACGCCGGGCCCAAUGAUGGACCUCCACACGGGCUGGUUCCUUCAGAACGGAGGCUGCGGCUAUGUGCUGAGGCCGUCCAUCAUGCGGGAUGAAGUGUCUUACUUCAGCGCGAACACGAAGGGCGUUGUCCCGGGGGUGUCUCCUCUCGCUCUUCACAUCAAGAUCAUCAGCGGCCAGAAUUUCCCCAAGCCCAAGGGGGCGUGUGCCAAAGGGGAUGUCCUAGAUCCCUAUGUGUGUAUAGAGAUACACGGCAUUCCAGCGGACUGCUCGGAGCAAAGAACGAAAACUGUGCAGCAAAACAGUGACAAUCCCAUUUUUGAUGAAACCUUUGAGUUUCAGGUGAACCUCCCCGAGCUGGCCAUGAUCCGUUUUGUGGUUCUGGAUGACGACUACAUUGGGGAUGAGUUCAUCGGGCAGUACACCAUUCCCUUCGAGUGUCUGCAGCCCGGCUACCGGCACGUCCCCCUGCGCUCCUUCGUGGGGGACAUCAUGGAGCACGUGACCCUCUUUGUCCACAUAGCAAUAACGAACCGCAGCGGCGGGGGCAAGGCGCAGAAGCGCAGCCUCUCUGUGAGGAUGGGGAAGAAAGUUCGAGAGUACACCAUGCUCAGGACCGUCGGUCUCAAACCCAUAGAUGACAUCUUUAAAAUAGCAGUGCAUCCCUUACGAGAAGCCAUAGAUAUGAGAGAAAACAUGCAGAACGCCAUCGUGUCUGUGAAGGAGCUAUGUGGCCUUCCUCCCAUCGCCAGUCUGAAGCAGUGCCUGCUGACUCUGUCCUCCCGGCUCAUCGCCAGUGACAGCACUCCCUCCGUCUCCCUUGUGAUGAGGGACAGCUUUCCUUAUCUGGAGCCGCUGGGGGCGAUUCCAGACGUGCAGAAAAAGAUGCUGGCUGCUUACGAUCUGAUGAUUCAGGAGAGCCGGUUUCUCAUAGAAAUGGCUGACACAGUCCAGGAAAAGAUUGUGCAGUGCCAGAAAGCAGGGAUGGAGUUCCAUGAGGAACUUCAUAAUCUGGGGGCCAAAGAAGGCCUGAAAGGAAGAAAACUCAACAAGGCCACUGAGAGCUUUGCGUGGAACAUUACGGUAUUGAAGGGCCAAGGAGACCUGCUGAAGAGUGCAAAGAACGAAGCUCUGGAAAACAUGAAGCAGAUCCAGCUGGCGUGCUUGUCCUGCGGACUCAGCAAAGCCCCCAGCGGCGCGGCCGACGCCAAGAGCAAGCGCAGCCUGGAGGCCAUCGAGGAGAAGGAAGGCGGCGAGGAGAAUGGGAAGCUGCGACCCUGAGCAGCGUCGAGGAGGGCACCGUCCUUUGUGUCAAAGACUCUGUUUUUCCUUCUGGUUUUCUUUCCUGAAGCUUUUUAGACUUUCACAAAAAGAUGCCAUCUUUGGGAUGUUGGACGUAAACAGGUAUUUUCACAAUGUCAGUAUUUUAAUGUAGUUAAUUUAUCUAAGUUAAACUGCUUAGUAGUAGUGUUUUAAAUUCUGAGAUGUGUGAACACACCAUGUAUGGAUGUGGGUAGGUGUGUGUGUGUGUGUGUGUGUGUGUGUGUGUGUGUGUGUCUUUCAGGGAGAGAGACAGAAAUACAGAGGGAGGUUGAGAUCCUGUUAAAAUCCAUGCUGUAUUGCAUUAUUCAUUUAGUAAGUUAUUAAUGUAUCAUUUUAGGAAAAAUUUGUUAACCUAAAAUACUAAAGAGCACUCACUAGGACCUGUUGCUGCAUUUAACUUUACUUCUCGGCCUUUGUCAUUUAAUUCAGAAAUGUUGACAUUUCUUAUUAUUAAAGGAAGCUAAAUUUGCCAAUUCAUAGAUAUUUUGAGAGAUUACACAUAGAUUAGCAAAAUUCCUAACAAUCACAGUAGAAAUAAAAAUGAAUGAAAGAUAAACAAAUGAUCAAAAUUUCUGAAAAGAUCAGAAAAGUCAUUUCUUCAGUUAGUGAACUCUAAAAUAUUUAUUAAAUAAAAUCAAUUUUUAGAAAGCUUUAUGUAGUUGUGUACUAAACAGAUAUAAUUUCUGUGGAAAAGCUGAUCAUUAGUGAAUUUAUACCCAGCUAUGUGGUACUCAGAAGCACAGUAAGAGCUCUUUUGUAAUUAGAAUUUUAAUAAUAUUUAGUUACAAAAUUUGAAGUUUGAGAUUUGUAGGAAGGUCUCAUUCUUCCAAACUGGGAGCCUAGCAUUCAUUUUUUAUAGCAGACACGGGAAGCUGGAGGGUCUGGGGGGCUUGGCUUUGAUAGCAUUUAAUUUAGAGUGCUAAAUGGAAACUUAAUGAUAUUGUUCAAGCAAUAUGUCAUCACUUUGAGCUGGUAUAAAUUCUGUGGGUCAGAUAACAUCUUCCUAGUGAUUUAAGAACUAAUUGAUUACAGAAUGUUUAUGACAUGAUUUUAACACAUGCAGGAAAACACAAAAAGAAGCAAAUGACUAAUUAGGGUACAUUUAUAAUUGCAUCUAGAUCAUUUUUGCCCUAAUAUUUUCAUAAUGUACUUGAGUGUAAUAUGUUUGUUACCUCCAACAGAACUAAAUGUUCUAUGGUUAUGAAAAUAUAUUUAUUUAAAACAUUGCUUUUAUUUUGAAAAGCUUCUUAAUUAAUUUGAUUAACAAAUAUGCUAAUUUGGGGGAACCUAGGGAAAAUAAUUGUUGAAAUUUUGCAAAUAUAAACAUUUUCUUUAGCUACCGUGUUAUUUCUGACUUCUUAACACUAUUAUGUUCAUGUUGCACAUUACUGAAAGAGUAAAGAUCUGAAACAACACUUUUACUGUUCCAUUUUUGUGUGAGUUAAUUGAAAAAAGAAUGAUAAUGAAAUUGGGUUAUUAUGUAAAAAAAGAUGUUAAAGGGUAUGCAUUGUCCAUGGGCCAGAUAUGAUGAAAUUUCUCCAUGGAUUUAACCGGGUUCUUGGGGAGGUAAGUGAGAGCUCAUUUUGGUAGGUUUCCAAAUGGCACUGAAAUAGCCUGAGAAAGCUUUGGGGGUAGAGGGGUAAAUUUUUAUUUUUGUUUUUAUUUCUGAGAGGCAUUUACUUAAUAAGAAUUUUAACCCUGUGCUUGUCACAUGCUCUGCUCAUGCCUUUUGAUGUUCAGAGCCCUCAUUUCUGGUUUUUCCCUUUAACUUCGUCUGGUGCUAAGACAGCUCUGCCUACCUGUGCUCAUAGAGGUGGUUCUAUUACGAACUAGCAGCUUUGCAGGUUUAGGGUUCACAUUAAAUCUGCAACUCCCUCGAGCUGGAUUUUGUGUAUGGUGGAAGGCAGAGGCCCAUUUUCAUUUUCCCAGCAUGCAUCGUCAGCGGACCCCGCCCACCUACUGUGAAGAUGGUCCUUUGUCCACGGCCCUGCAGUGCCAACCUUGUAAAAACUGCAACGCCCGUGUGUGUGUGUGUGUGUGUGUGUGUGUGUGUGUGUGUGUGUGCGCGCGCGCACGCGCACUUACUUCUGGAAUCUCGGUUUGGUUUUAUUGUUCUGUGCCUGUCCUGUCUUAAUUACUGUAACUUUAUAAUGUUUUCUAUCAGAGAGUAUAGGUCUCCCCACUUUUUUUCUUCAACAUUUUCGUGGUUAUUUUUGGCUCUUUGCUUUCUCUAUAUACUUUAGUAUUCCAGUCUGUUCACAGGGUGCAUUUCUCCCAUUUAUUUAGGACUUAGUUAAUUUCUCUUAAUACAAUUUUAUAGAUUUCUGUGAAAGGUCUUGCACCUCUUUCAUUAUGUUUAUCCUUAGGUGUUUGCUGUUUUUCAUACUGUUAGAAAUAGUAACAUUUUACAAUUUAAAUUUGCAAAUUGAUUAUUAGGGUAUAUAGAAAAUAUAAUAGGUUGUUUUGUUUUGCAACAUUAUUCUGUUUUGUGACAGGUUUUAUAACCCUCAUUUGUCUGUUGGGGAAACCAAGGCGUGACUGUGUAGGGGGCCCCAGAAGUUACACUUACUGUCUUUCAAUUCAGUAACUUUUAUUCCUCCACAGUUAUUUUAGCAGCAUCUUGUCCGAAAGGUAAAGGGAACAGUAAGUCAUCCAGAGUAUGUUUAAGUCCGAGUUAAAACCAAGGAGUUCCAAAGAUGCAGUGAGGGGUUUAUUCCUUCAAGUUUUUGUCAUGGUGAACGUGUUACUAAUAUCCUGGUGUGUCAUUAGGCAUAAAAGGACUUCUAAAUUCUUUAAAUUUAAAGUCUUUCUAAAUUCUUUAAUAUUUCCCAGGCCCUAAUGGGAAUAUACAUAGGAAUAUAUUGGGAUAUGUAUAUGUUAAUAUAUAUUUGUUUGUUGAAAGAUUUGUGUCCACAUUUGUCCAUUUCCAAAUAUGCCACAUAUAUAUUGUCCUCUCUUCAGUACAAUCUCUUUAUAAACAAUGCAUACAUGUUUAGGUUUUAGGAUUGCUAAAACAAACAUACUAACAGCUCCUGGCACAUUGCUUCAUAGUCCUUUUUAUCUGUCUUUUGUUUAUGCAACCAUAGAUGUUAGCAUUUCUAACAACGAAUGCACAAUUCCUUGAUGGGCAAAACAAACCAGAGGUAGGGAAGGAUCACGGCAGCUUUCACAAGAGUAUUUUGCAGCACUUCUUAUCUCUGCAGAAGGCAGUGAAGCACAGCUGCAUGGAGAUGCCAGUCAAACAGACCCUCAAGGGCAGGGUAACUGCUCAGGGAUUAGAGGUUUUGCUCAGUAGCUGAUAUUAAUGUCAUAGAUUCUUAAAGUUCUCUUCACCUGUUUCACUCGGGAGAUGGAGCUGCUGCUUGCCAGCACAUACAGGGUGAGUAAUUGGACUCUGAGCCAGAGCGACCAGGUUCUAGGUGUUCUGCACAGUGUUCGCCAUCAGUAUAGCCGUACCUGGGCCUCCAUGGAUGCUGACAUUUUUUCUCACACAGUACAGUGCUGCAGGCAUGUGGGCCCAGGAGGAGUGAGGUCCCAGCACUGUGCUGAAAAGGCCCGACUAACGAUCGGAUUCCCACUGUUCCAGCCUCCUUGCCAUAUUUGGGUCCGGUUUCCGUCUUGGAGCCUCUGAAGGCCUUUCCUCCUUUUGCCAGAGCAGCAGGUGGACGGGCGGACGGGGUCAGGUGUGCAAUGACAGCCUCCCUUUCCGGAUUUCUCCUCUCCUUCCACGGAAGUCUUCCUGCUGCUCCCUCCACGCUCCGGAUGUUUCUCUGGUCCCAGGAUCUGCCCACUGAUUCCCUUCUCUGCUCAAAUUUUCAUUAGCCUUGCGAGCAGAAAUACCACGCUUUCUGGAAAACAUUUUAAAAUCUCAGGCCACCACCCAGAAAUAAGGCAGGUAACACACUGAGUUUGCUCCUGCAGCAGAACAAGUCCACUUGCCCUUGUGGCUGCUUCAUUGACCUUGACUCAUGUGAACCAUCCCCAUCUCUACCUGGUUGGUUUUCCCAUUUGCUCCCAGAAGUGUGUCUCUGGGCCUGCUCUCCGGGCCAGACCUUCCAACAGACCCCUCCACUGUGCAGACAAAGGGCGUUCACCCUAAGGCUGUGUAUUUGAAGAGUCACCAGGAGGGUUUUUUUUCUUCUUGAAAUAUCACCAUGAAUUUCUUUACUAUUAAUUCAUUUCUCUGUGCUAUCAGGUCCAUUUAGUUGUGAGGAGGAAUUUGACCUCAUUAAAAAAGAUCAAAUUAUAAGAGAAUAUGCCAAAUCUGUAUAUUGUAUUGUUUUCACAGCUCUGAAUAAAACAUCUUAAUUCAGAAU